UCGGAAAGUGAAAAAGUAUUUACUCCAAAGUUUUGAACCUCGGGAGAUGACAAGCGGGGGGAGGAUGUAACCUCCGGGCAACAUGUGUCUCGAGCACAUUCAUCCUGCAAUGCACGUGCCCCCUUAUAUAAAGCCACGUAAUCAGCCAUAUGGUGAGCCGAUGCUGGUGAUGAUGAUGGUGGUGGUGGUGGUGGUGGUAGCAGUGGUGGUGGGAGUUGCGAGCGAGAUCUAAUGGUCCUGAGCAAUUUCCGGUAGCCACUGCAGCGACACCCAGAAGAGAGAGAGAGAGACAGAGAGAGCCCCUCAAAUCUUAUCUCCAGCCAAACCCCGAGUGUCUCCGCACCCUUCUUCCGCAAGUCUUUUUUAUUCUGAACCAGAGUUGAACGAGACGACCUCAAUGGGAGAGGAGGAGAAGAAGGCGCAGGCUCAGGAGGAGGCCAAUAAGACGGAGGAAGCGAAACCGGACAAGAAGGAAGAAGAGAAAAAGCCCGAGAAAGCGGCCGAUGAAGGGAAAAAGGCCGAGGAGUCCAAGGACGGGAAGGAAUCCAACGACCCGCCUCCCCCUCCGCCUGAGAUAGUGCUCAAAGUCUACAUGCAUUGCGAGGGCUGUGCUCGCAAGGUCCGCCGGAGCCUCAAUGGCUUUGAUGGAGUGGAAGAGGUGACGACGGACUGCAGGACGCACAAGGUGGUGGUGAAAGGAGAGAAAGCAGAUCCACUCAAAGUGUUGGAGAGAGUUCAGAAGAAGAGCCACCGACAAGUGGAGCUUCUCUCUCCUAUUCCGAAGCCGCCUGCACCAGAAGACAAGAAGCCUGAAGAGAAAGAAGCCCCCAAGCCCGAAGAGAAGAAAGAAGAGCCGCCGCAGGUGAUCACGGUGGUGCUCAGCGUUCAUAUGCAUUGCGAGGCUUGUGCUCAGACAAUCAAGAAACGCAUCCUCAGAAUGAAAGGGGUGGAAUCAGCUGAGCCAGAUCUGAAGAGCUCACAGGUCACGGUGAAGGGGGUGUUCGAGCCCCCGAAGCUGGUGGAGUACGUGCACAAGAGGACGGGGAGGCACGCGGCGAUAGUGAAGCAAGAGCCGGAGAAGAAAGAGGAAGAGAAGGCCAAAGACGCCAAGGAAGAGAAGAAGGCGGGCGACGGAGGAGGAGGGGAUAAGAAGAGCGAGGGAGAGAGCAAAGAGAAGAAAGAAGGCGACGCCUCCGCCGAAGCCAAGGCAGAGGCCACGGAAGAGAACAAGGUGGUGGAGAUGAUGAAGAACGAGUACUAUUACAAUCAGUUUUACUCUGCCCCGAGAAAUGUGCCUGUGGAUCAUCUCUACGCACCUCCGCCGCCAUACAAUUACAAUCAUCAACCUUUCGUGGCUGCACCAUACAAUCCUUACCCUCCUGAGAUCUUCAGCGAUGAGAACCCUAACGCCUGUUCUGUCAUGUAAAAACUGAGACACCCUGAGGGUAGAAAUGGGAAUAAGAACCUUUCCCCCUUGUCGUGCUCCAUGCUCUGCAAGUGGCCUGUCCCUUGUUUAAAAGCAUAAAAUCUACAGAUUAGGCUGUAGAGUUUUGUUGUAGUCUUUUCUUCUGUACUGCCCUUUUCCCUUUCUCCUCCCCACCUCUCGCUAUAUUAUAAAAGAGACGUUUAAA